AAAGAAACCAAACGGAAAAACGUUGGACGACAUCGCCGUUAACUAUGGGCCCGCCGGGAGACAGAACGCGCCACGUGUCGACUGAAAGAACGGAGGACUUCAGCUGGAUUGUCGAUUUAUCUUGACAUGGCAUGCGGCAGGGCGAGUCGGAGGUUGUGACGACUGAAGAAAAGAAGAGAAAGAAAACAAGCGCAGCGAACACCUCGAAACUUCAGACGUGAAAACAAAAAAAGGGUUGAUUUUUGUCGGUUUAAUUUAAAACCAUUCAGCGCUCGUCGUUGGUUGGCUAUUUGAUCCCCCCUCCCUCCUCCUCCUCCUACUCCUUUUUUUUGUCGUUGUAGUUGUUGACAAGACACGACUGAAGCGAAUUACACCGAGCUAAAAAAAAAAAAUGCUGAGCACAAGCAAAACCAGCUAGUCAGUCAACCCCCGCAAGGUCUCUUGACUCUCACAGCACUGGCAGUCACAUUGAGCCAGACGAGAAAAUGUAAACGCGUGGAAAGAUGACUGUACGCUAGCAAAGCCAACCACACAUAGGCCUCGAUUAAGCCAAUCAGUCGGAAGAUAAGAUGUAGCUAUAUCGUCGGGUCACUACUAGUUAGUGUUGGAAGUGAAUGCCUAGAUUAGCUCUGCUAGCUCACCUUAGCUAGUGUGCUAAAAAUACGCCCACAUCAUGACUAUCAGCAGUGGCAGCACCGCAGGCCGUGGGCCAAAUGAGUGGCAGUAACAAGUCAAGGAAAUGUCAAGGUACUUUCGCAGUAGUCUUCGAUGUUACCCGGUGCCAAUAUCUCCUGGCAUCUGUAUUUACCUGCCAUGUUUGUCCGUAUCCCCGAUCCGUCUGUAACACGCACAUAACGCAGUCUCUACAGAGAAAAACACAAACACAAAACGACAGCCAUGGAUGAGGGACUUUGAAAUUACCCAAACAAUAGAAUAUUUGUCUGCUUGCUGGUCUCUGUGAUCCUCAAUUUCACUAGCAAAAAAAAAAAUAUAUAUAUAUAUAUUUAUAUAUAUUGCCGAUAUGGGUUUUUUCCACAGUAGCAGCCGUUUCUGUUGAUUUCAGUAACACAGAAGAAAAGUUAAGUCAAAUUUGAGUUGCUCUUUCAUUUAAAUCUCUUGUUGUUGUCAAUGGCAGGUUGAGAAACAAACAAACAAACAAACAAAAAAAAAACAAAAAGGCUAAUUUGGCUUUAAAGUCAUGUCCUAAAAACAUGAAUUUCUGAAUAAGUAAUAAGGAGAUGUAGUCUUGUCGAUCAUUCCCCUCCUCAACACUGCCCUUUUACAAAAAAAAAAAAGAUAAAUAAAAAUGACUUAGUUUUGUUUCCGAUUUGUUUGACCUUUUUCAGUUGGUAGUUAGUGGGUAAUUCACGGAUCUAGCCUAGAGUCGUUUUGAUGCGUUGUUUCUGCGAAGGGUAGCUAGCUCCAUCCUUUUUAUCCAGCGUAUAAACACAAAAAGUAAGAGAGUGUUGCCAAAAUAUUCCGCACAAGAGAGGAAGACACUACCAUCAAAAUCUAACCAUGGGGGACCCAACUUCACGAAGAAAUCAGACAAGAAAUCGACUUCGAGCUCAACUUCGGAAGAAAAGGGAAUCUUUGGCUGAUCAGUUUGACUUCAAGAUUUAUAUAGCCUUCGUUUUCAAAGAAAAGAAGAAGAAGUCUGCACUUUUUGAGGUAGCUGAAGUGGUGCCAGUGAUGACCAACAAUUAUGAAGAAAACAUCCUACGAGGUGUGCGGGAUUCCAGUUACUCUCUUGAGAGUUCGAUAGAACUCCUGCAAAAAGAUGUUGUGCAACUACACGCCCCCCGAUACCAGUCAAUGCGAAGGGAUGUGAUAGGCUGCACACAAGAGAUGGACUUCAUCCUCUGGCCUCGCAACGACAUUGAGAAGAUUGUCUGUCUGCUGUUCUCCAGAUGGAAGGGGGCCGACGAUGAACCCUUUAGGCCUGUUCAGGCCAAGUUUGAAUUUCAUCAUGGAGACUACGAGAAGCAGUGCUUGCAUGCUUUGGGUCGUAAAGACAAGGCUGGAAUGGUCAUGAACAACCCAAGUCAGUCUGUAUUUCUCUUCAUGGAUAGACAGCACUUACAGACUCCUAAAACCAAGGCCACAGUUUUCAAGUUGUGCAGCCUCUGCCUUUACUUGCCCCAGGACCAGCUGACCUGCUGGGGUGUGGGAGACAUCGAGGAUCACCUCCGCCCAUACAUGCCUGACUAAGGCUUCCUGCUCCACUCAGCCACAUAGGGAAAAGCCCUUCCCCUCCCUCCUGCCUAAGCCUUCAGAAGCAAAUUGAUGUACUCAUCUCCACCCGUUUCCUUUUAAAAGAUUUGAACUUGUGCUUGGAUCUUUUUUUUUUUUUUUUGUUACCAACUCGUUCUCCCCUUCCUGACCUGAAGCUGAUUCAGUUCCCAUCCUUGUUUUGUUUUCCCCCCCUCACGCUCCCAAUGUUCCUCCUCUUCUCUCUGCCAUUUUUGGAUUGGUUCCCCCCUCGUUUUUUUUUUUUGUUUGUUUGUUUUAAUUUACUCCCUCUUCAUUCCCUCUUACUCACUCAUCCAGUUUUAUUUAUUUGAACCUGCACGAACAUUGAUUUUGAGUGGUUGCUUGUUCUCUUGGAGCCGCACUGUCAACAGCACCGGUCAUUGAAGGAACUCUUUAUGUUGCAUCAAAACAGGAACAAACAAUACACAGGUCUUCACGGUGGUUCUCAGAUGGACGUGUUUUUUAUAUCCUUGUUGUCAUAAGAAAGGAUUGUUAAAGCUUGUUUGUAAUGUCAAUGGGGUUUCUAGAACAACUUUACACAAUCUUUUGACCAAGGACAGGUGUGAAUAAGGCGUUAAAAAAAAAAACACCUGUGUAAGCAAAGAAAACAAGAUGAACAAUAUUUGUCAAAUCAUAUGGUGUAGGUAUUGCUUCUUAUAAACCGCCUUAGUUUUUUUGCUGGACUUUUAAAAAAAAAUGUUUUGGUGUCAUUUGCUUUCCUCUGAAACAUGCUAGGCAGGCCUUUGCUAAAAAUCUUGAGUGACUUAAAAGGCAUUGUACACAAAGUUGAGACAUGUUGGUUAGAUGUUGAAGGUCAUCGUCACCGUUCAAGCUGUUGAUGCACCAUUCAUUUCAGCUACUGAAAUCUGAUGUUUUAUGUUUUUGUUUUUAUUUGGGAUGUGGGUUGGUGGUGAGAAACUGAAAUGGUGACAUACUUAAUGUUUAACACACCUAACAAAAGUUGCUGAAAGCUAACUGAUCUUUGUUUAAUUUGACUUACUAAAAAUUAAGAUGAUUUGCUGCCAUGCUCAUCAAAUUAAAAAUUGUUUUUUGCAGGCUUUUUUUUUCUGUCAAAGAAUAUGAAGUACAUAAGUACAUAUAAUUUUUGCUCCUCGUUGAUUCAGUGUGUCGAGUUGAAAGGGUAUAAGGCGUGUAACUUCUGGGUUUUUUUCUGUUGAUUCUCAAAUCAAUACUGCUGAGCAUAUCCCAAUACAGUGCAAAUUCUGAAAGC